AUGUCGCAUGUCUACAGCUUCAUAGCUCCUUCGUCCGCACCUGCGACUCUCUUUGACGUUUCGAUCUCCUCUGAUCCCAGUGCGUCCUCCUCAUCUUCCUCGUCCUCCCUCACAUCCAUCGCUGUCAAUCACGCCUCGCACGCUCCUAUAGGAAGUGUAAAGAGGAUAUGCAAGACAUCGGAUGGGUCGAUUGUACUUGCCGACGAUGCCUAUCGUUUAUCUGUGCUCUCCGCUCGACCAGAGGAGGUCGAUUGGGAACCAGAGGUUAUCACCCAGCAUGAAGUCAGUCAUCGUAAGGGAGACCUCUGGUCAGGCUUGAUACCAGUAUCCAGUGGCUUCAUCUCAUCACUGUCUAGCGGAAAAAUCACAUACAAUGGCCUAGACUCCGCCCUCGCUGGCGAAUCUUCAAACUCCCAUAUCGUUGAUGGACAUGUGCUUGCCCUCGCAUCACCUCGACCAAGUUCGAACACCUUUGCACUAGCAGGCAAGGAAAUAGACGUGUCCAUCCGAGAUGUGGAACGAACAUUCGCUUCUUCCUCGCGAUCCCAGAAUGGCGAGGGAGGAAGCAGUAAGAAGCGAAAGACGGAACUUGUUGAGGGCGAGAUAUGGCGAGCGAAGAAUAUGCCGAAUAAUUCUCUCCAGCUCCGUCCUCCCGUUCAUCACUUGUGUCUCGCUUAUCUCCCUCUCCCCUCUGGCUCAGAGUCAGGCGACAGUACCCACCUUGUGAGCGGCACAAAAGCUGGAACGUUACGACGCUACGAUACGCGCCAACGGAAGCCUGUGUCAGAGCACAAAUUGGCCCGAGAAGGAGGAAUAGGCGCUAUAGCGCCAGUCAAUGAACAUGAGGUCUUCUUUGCGGACAGAGGCAACUUUGUUGGAUGUGCAGAUCUGAGAACAGGCAAAUUGAUGUACUCGUACCCGGGUCUGACAUCCUCGGCUCAUCAUCUGGUCUAUCUCAAUGGGAGUCCGGUUCACCCUACUUCGGACGAUAAUAGCUACGACGAAGUUGGGCACACCCUUCGAGAAGGUCUGUUAGCCAGCAUAUCACCCGACGCUACGCUCCGACUCUUGUCCACGGUACCGCCCCGAGAGCCUGCAUCCAAGGGGAAUCCUCAAGGCGGUAAAGCCAAAGUCGUCGGCGUGGCAGGUGGCGUAGGAUUGGGAAGUUUCAUAUAUACUGGAUUUAAGUACCGUCCGGUCGUGCAGGAAGAGGGGAACGAAGAGAGCGAGCGAGCAGGAGGGAGUGAAGAGGGUGAUGAGGAUGUUUGGAACGACAUGGACACUGCCGACAGCGACGAGGAUGAGGACGAAGAGGGGUAG